AUGGUCGCCUUCCUGGGAGGAUCCGCAGGCAGCCAAAAUGUGGCUACCCUCCUUAUCCUGAGAUUUUUUGCCGGCACAUUCGGCGGUUCGCCACUAGUCAACUCCGGCGGAACAAUUGCCGAUAUAUUCCUCCCUGCUCAGCGUGGCCUAGCAUUGACUAUCUACUGCGUUGCGCCCUUCCUUGGCCCCAUUCUGGGUCCAAUCGUGGGCGGGUUCGUGUCUGAGAACAUCGGAUGGAGAUGGGUCCAGGGUAUCUGUGUGAUCUUCAUUGGCGUAAUCGGCAUUCUGGGAAUCGCCUUUAUUCCCGAGACAUACGGCCCGGUUCUGCUUCAACGACGGGCACGUCAGCUUGCCAAGGCCAAUGGCAAGGUCUAUGUGAGCGUUUUGGAAAAGAACCAGGGGAAGAAGAAGCCAUCGGAAGUCUUCAAGCGUGCUUUAUUUCGCCCCUGGAUCUUCCUCUUCCUUGAGCCCAUCGUCUUGGUAGCAUCACUCUACAUGGCGAUUAUCUACGGCACUGUCUACAUGUUCAUGGGCGCCAUGCCAAUCGUGUACAAUGAAGACCGAGGUUGGAGCGAGGGCAUUGGCGGACUGUCCUUCUUGGGGAUUGCUGUCGGUAUCAUCUUUGGACUGAUCUAUGCUAUAUGGGACAAUAACAGCCGCUACAUGAAGCUAUUUGCGGCAAAAUCUGCAACAGCUGAGUCCCGUCUGCCACCUGCGAUUGUUGGAGGUAUCGCCCUCCCCAUCGGCAUGUUCGCCUUUGCCUGGACCAACUACCCCAGUAUCCACUGGUCUGUCAGUAUCAUCCUGUCUGCACCAUUUGGAUUCGGCUGUGUACUCGUCAUCCUGCCCAUAAUGAACUACUUGAUCGAUACUUACACCAUCUAUGCGGCCUCUGUCCUGGCUGCAGCUGCCAUCUUCCGCUCGGUCGUUGGCGCUGUCUUUCCCCUAUUUACGACACAGAUGUAUCACAAUCUGGGAAUUCACUGGGCGUCCUCCAUUCCAGCAUUUAUGACUCUCGUGUGCAUGCCAUUCCCGUUGAUCAUGUAUCGUUACGGUGCAGUGGUCCGAAUGAAGUGCAAGUAUUCAUUCGAAGCGUCAGAGAUGAUGAAGAAUAUGCAAAUGCAGCAAACAGCUGCUAAUGCAGAGAAUGACAAGGAUGGAGCUUAA